AUGGCAUAUCACUUAUUCAGAAGGUUGCAACAAGCUAGCGUAAAGGAGAAUAAGCCUAAACAUGAAAAGCCAAGAGAAGACAUUGAAAAAUGGUUAAAGAACAUUUUUGAUGUGUUGGAUAAGAACCUCGUUCAGGAUGAGUGUAAGGAAGAAUCCAAUGAUAUGAUUCUUAUAAGUGAUUACAUAACUGUGGUUAACAAUGUUUUGAAAUUUACAGAAAAUGCAAAAAAUGGAAAGAAUUCAAAAGAUGGAAUAACACAUGGGAAGGAUGAAGAAUUAGGGAAAAGUGACAAAAUAAACGACGUAGAUAUGGAUGAUGAACAUAUGGCCAUAUCACGAAUCAAACAGUUUUGUAAAAUUUUGGGCAUUGUUCAUAUUUUUGAAAAGCUAAAAAAGGGUUCAUCUGCUCCAUCUCAAUCGUCUUCUUGUGCAGUAACUACCUCUGGAAGCUCUGUUCGUGUAGAUCAAGAGGACGCAAGUAAACAGAUAGAUGAUGAAAAAAAGAACAAAUUGAACGAGUUUGAAAAAAAUAACUUGUGGAGAUUAUUUGAAGAUAUAAUCUUGAACAGUCUUGAGUUUUUGAACAAAAUUAUUUGCCUCAAUAAAGAUAUGUUUCACAAAAAAAAUUUAAAAAUUGAUUGUAACAUAUUGAAAAGAUACGUAAAUUAUUUAAAUGUGUUACUUAAGGAGACGAAUAAUUCUGAGUUAUUGUUCAGAAUUUUUAAUUUUGAAUUGGAAAAUUCCAUUUUUAUCAUGUAUGAAAUUGUACUCCUUUUGCAAAAAUUGUACACAUAUGACAACAUCAAUUUAUAUCUUUGUCCAUAUGACAAUGUUGUAUAUUCAGAUGAUGUUUCCUCACCUUAUUACUAUAACUUGUAUGAUAUAAAAUGUUUUCAAAUACUUUAUCAUGAAUACUAUUUUGAAAACAAAGUAAAUUUGAAUGAAAAAAAUCAGUUUUGUGGAAAAUUUUAUGAAAAAUACAAUAUAAUUAUAAAAAAUUUAAGAAAAAAAAAAUAUUUUUACCCACAUUUGAUUAAUUUCCCAUUUAAUUAUUCGGAAACGAGAUUAACGUAUAAAGAUAAAAACGAACAUUAUUACAUCAAUAAGGAGAAUGAAUUUUUUUCCAUUUCAACAAAUAAAAAAUUCAGAUCAUCUGUAUUACUCCACGAUGAUGAUGCUGAUGUUGAAAUAAAAAAAAAUUUAAAAAAAUUAAACUAUACACAAGAAUGUUCAAAAUUUAAAGCAGAGUACGACUCAUGCACGUCAUUAUCUGUGUAUUCCAAUGAUCUCAACACAAGUGAGGAUAAUACUGAUUUUAAGACAGUUAGAACAGAGGAGGGAAAAAUCAUAAAAUCAGAUGAUACGUUAUCCUCAGUUCUUCCAUCUUCAUCUACCAAUGCAGCAUUUAUCGAACCAGUUAUUCAAACCAAAUGGAAUGGGAAAUAUGAUGUUGAUGAGAAUGGUAAAAGUGGAACUAACAACAACUAUAAAGACCAUACGAGUAGCAGAUGUGCUUCCAAACAAAAGAGCAAAAUAUAUAGCAGUGAAGAUGAUGAGGACGCAACAGAUGGUGACUAUUUUUGUUCAGACAUUUCCAACAAUUUUAUAACUGCGAAUGAAGAAUUAGAUGAUUUAAAUAAUAACAAUAAUAAUAGUAAGAAGAAGAAGAAAAAGGUACAAUUUUGUGAAGAAAAUAUAUUCCUAAUAAUGCAUCGAAAUGAUCAGAUAGAAAAUGUUAGAAAAACUAUUGAUAAGUUAAUAUUGAGCAAAAGUAAUUUUAUUUCAAAACUUCUAAAUGUAAUAGAGUCUAAUGAAGAUGCUUAUCUGAUAAAUGAAGUUAUACUGCUUCUACUCCUUGUAGUAGAGUAUAAUGUAGAAAUUAGGAAUAUCAUAACAUAUGAAAGAAUUAUAGAAACUGUAAUUAAAAUUAUCAAGGAUGAACACAUAUACUUGUUUAAAGAAAUUUACGAUUUAUUUUUUUUGUUUGACGAUUGCAAUUUUGGUGUUCCAAAAAUGAAAGCCAGAAUUUUCCCAUUCUCUCUCCAUGCAGAGAAUCAAAAAAGAGAUAAUAAAUAUUUAAAAGCAGGAUUAAGUGGUAAUAAAAUGGAGGAAAUAUCAUACAACAGAUUGUUAAGCACAUCUGAUGUAGCAGAUGGUUAUGAAAAUAGCCAUAAGGAAGAUGAAAAAAUGGAAAUAUAUUUAGAUAACAUAACUAUAAACAUAGAUAUAAAAAGCAGUUUAUUACUUCUGAAAUGCAUCAUAAUUAGUAGCGAAUUUGGUCUUAAGUACAUUUUCGAAUUGAAUAUAUUAGAGCAGUGUAUUAAAUUGAUACUUAAUAUGUAUAAUAUUAUUAUUUACAUUUGUAAAAAUAACUUAUGCAAAUUUUUCAAUAAUUCAUUUUUUAUUUUGAGCAUAUUUUUAGAUGUUAUAGCUUGUACAUGCAAAGUAAGCACUAAGAACAAUUACAUAGGUUUGUCGUGCAAAAAAUUCUUGCCCAUUUUUCAGAAAGAAUUUUUUUUUCAAAGUUCUUUUUUUUUUUUUUUUAAAUUUAUGUACUUGUAUAUGAAUAAAUAUGCCAAUAAUAUUAAUCGAAAUGUUACUAGACUACCUCUAAAACAUCUUCAAAAUCAGAAGAACAGUCGCUCCAAUUGUGAAAUUAUUAGCGACACUCCUAUGUUAAACGAAUUUAGUAUAUCUGGAAAUGCAGAUCAGCAUAUUAGUAGUAAUGUUAUUAGUGUAAGUUCCAGCGUGAACAGUAGGUAUCAGAACAAUGAUAAUCUCUGUGGAGGUCAUAUAAAAAGCAAUCGAAUUGAAACUAACAAAUCGGUAGACAAUAACAUUUGUAGCAACAUUGCAAGCAGUAACAAGGAAAGUAGCAACGAAGGUAAUAGCAAUAUUGGGAGUACCACCACUCUCUUGAAUGAAAGUGAUAAAAUCAUCUACACUUUCAAAAACACAUACUUUGUUACAAUCCUGAAUAUAUGCUGCAAGUUUAUGUUUCAAGAUGAAAAAUUUUGCAUAAAUUUCUUAACAAACUGUUUUGCUGACAGUAGCGGGAGUAGCAGCGGGAAAAAUGGGACCACAUCUCAGGUAGAUGCAGACACUGUGGAAAAUAGCUUUUUAGAAAGUUCGUUAAAAAAGAAGAAAUACUUUGAUUUUGAACAUGUGUUGCUACACUAUUUGAAAAAUUUGAAGCAAGUUAAAUACAUAGACAUGCUAUUGGUUAUAUUCUUUUACGACAAGAAAAAUAUUUUUCGCAAUAUUAUAUAUGAGUUCUUUUUAUGCUUGUGCGAAAAAUAUGUACAAGUGGCGAACUAUUUAGUAGAAUCCAUUUUUGUGCAGAACACUGUUUUUAAAUACUACAUGAUGCAUAUGGCUUGUAGAUUAAGGAAAAUGUUUCUUAAGAUGAAAAAAAAGCUUGAGAUGAGAACAAUGCAAAGAAUUUUGGAGAAAAGGAAGAAUAACAUGGUAAAUAAAUGCAACUACGACGUGAUGGGUUCACAUGUUAACGAAAUAGUAAAGAAGGAAAAAUUUUUUUUGAAAUUUACAGCAGGGUUAGAAUUUUUCCUGAAAAUAUGCAACAUGACAAGUGUAAACGGGGUUCAAGGGGAAUCAAGCAAUGCGGACGAAUUUUUAAAAAAUUCGAAAUUAAUAUAUGAGGAGAUUAUAUACUACAAUUCUUUAUUUAUAAAUGAUUACAAUGGUGUUGAAAAAUAUCAUUUGAAAAAGAUAAACGACAAUUUAAACGAAAUUGUAUUAACGUUCAGAAUUAAUUCUAUUUUGCACUCAACAAAUGUGUGUAAUAGGAUUGACAAAUUUAAGUUUGUACUAAGCAUCCUAAAUGACAAAUGGGUUAGUAAAAAGACAAAGUGCUUGAUAUGUGUAUACAUAAGUGUUUACUUAUCUAAGUUUAAUGAAGAAAAAGAGAAGAGUAAGUUGAUUAGAAUGAUUAUGCAACUUGAUCUUUUUAAUGUGAUAUAUAAUUCUUUGAAUCGUUUUUGUAAAUAUACAUUUAAUGAAAAAUUUUUUUUUUUCAUUUCUCUUAAUAAAUGCAAAGACAUAGAUGAGAAUAUAAAAAAUGUUUUAGAAAUGAAAAAAAAUAAAUAUUUUUUUAAUCAUUCAAGGAAAUUUUCCAUAUUUUGCAUUCAUUUUAUAUAUUCUAAUUUUAUUCAUCACAUUAUCUUAACAUACCUUGUGGAGCAAACGAAAAAUUGUGUCCAUCAGAUGAACACUAAAAAUAUGAGAAAAAAUAUGUACACUAAGGAAAAAAAACAACUAGUGAGAAAUUUCUCUAAUAAAUCGAGGAGUAGCAUUCGUAAGAGCAAAGAUAAUGUGGAGAAGUACCAUGAAUUCCUUUACUCAGAUUCUGAUGUUAUGGAAUCUGCUCAUGAUGUUAAAGAAGAAGCAUAUGAAUUGGAUGAUGAUGAUAUAAAGGAAGCAUAUGAAUUGGACGAUGAUGAUAUAAAGGAAGCAUAUGAAUUGGACGAUGAUGAUGAUGAUGUUAAAGACGGCGAUUAUGACAUAAGCUACCAAAGCAGCAGAACAAACGAAGAUUCAGAGGCACAUUUUCACGCGAAAAAGAAAUCUGAUUUUUCUUAUGCAAAAGGACGAGAUGAAAACGACAGAAUUAGUCAUAAAAAUAAAGGGAAAAUGAUAAAAAACGUAAAAGAUAAAUGUAGAGAAAACAAAUCACAAACUAUAAUAGUGAAGAAAAUUAAUGAAGAAGUUAAGUUUCUGAGGAAUAAAUUAAAUGAACAAGAAAUGUCAUAUUUAGAAGAAAAAAUUUAUUUAAAUAAAAUAAUUGAAAAAAAAAAUGAUAUAAUAAAUAAUGUCUUAUACUCAUAUUUAAUGCUAAAAGAAAAGUGUGAUAAAGUCGAAAAAGAUUUACUUAGAGUGAAAAGUGAGUUGUUUGUAAAAGAAAAGCAGUACCAAAUCACUGCAUGCAAUGACAUGAAUGAAUUGAAAAAGGAACAUAUGCAUUUGUUACAGAUUCACGAAAAAACAAAUAACGAAAAAAAUGAUUUAGAAGCAAAAUUGGAAAAAUUUACAGACUUGUUAAUAUUUUUAUAUGACAAUGUCUCUGAGUGUCGAAAGUACAUGCAAAAUAUUGAUGAUGCGAAUUUUUUUAAAUAUCCCGAGUCCAGCAGUAAGCGCGCCGAGGCCAUUUUACCAGCUGAACCGACUAUCCAAAAUGAGGCCCUUGCAAAUAAUAGUAAUGCUCGAGGCGGUGAUAGUACUAGGUGUGCUGUUGAUAGUACUAGGUAUGCUGUUGAUAGUACUAGGUAUGCUGUUGAUAGUACUAACUGUGCUGUUGAUAAUACUAACCAUGGUGGUGAUAAUAAUAAUCAGAUUAAGACCAGCAUGAAUGCGAGCAUAUAUUCAAUCGGAGGAAAAAACAGGGGUGAGUCCGAAGUUGCAAAUGGGCAACUGCACGAGGAACACAAUAAGGAAAUAUAUGAGAACAUGUAUAACUCUGCAUAUCAAAACUGUAAUGUUAGUAUGUAUCAGAAUUAUGCAAAUAUAGGAGUAGAUCAACAUCUACACCAGAGUAAUGUGAACACCUAUCAGAAGCAGCAGAUGGAAGGAUGUCCAAAUCAAUGGACGUCGCAAGAAAUGCACAUCCCUUAUAAUGAACCGAAUUGUGAACAAUCAUACUCAAAUGUAAUAGAACAAAAUUCUAGACAAAUGGAGGGAAACUCUAAUGUACACAUGUACAACUACCAAUUGGAAAAAAAUGAGAACCUGCAGACGUAUAAUCAAAUAUACUUCCAAACACAGCAGCACAUGCAGAGCAACAUGUAUUCCCAUUUUAAUAAUCCAAAUGGAAAUCAAGAAAAUGGAGAAAUUAAUAAAUCUGCGAGCGGUCAAGGGUUCUUUAGUGAAACGGUACUAAAUCAGCCAUCGGAGCAGCGAGAGAAAUUGGAGCAGUGGGAGCAACUUAAGCUGCCUGAGCAAUCAGAACAAUCGGAGCAAACUGUGCAAAAUGAGCACAUGUCUAAAUGA